AUGGCUAGCUCAAUACUUAUCAAGGUUACUUGCUUAGCUAUGAUAUGUUUGAUUUUCGAUAUUCCGUUAGCCAAUGCUGGUCAAACUUGUGGUCAAAUAAAAGGUUCCUUAUUACCAUGCCUUGGGUACCUUAGGAACCCAGGACCAAUUGCCCCUGUAGUAUGUUGCAAUGGUGUUUGGACUGUUAAUGACCAAGCCAAAACACUUCCUGAACGUAAAGAUGCUUGUGAGUGCAUCAAAUCAACUUUAAUCAGCAUACCGGGACUCGAUCCUAAUGCUGUACAGGGUCUCCCCAACAAGUGUGGUGUCAAAUUACCUUUCCCAAUUGGUGCCAAUAUGGACUGCAACAAGCUAGGGGAUGGGAUGCACUGA